AUGCAAUUACUCCUAGCAAGUGCAGCUGGUCUUGGUGCCAGUGCUGGCGCCGGCGUCGGCCAGUCCGCCGCGAGGCUCAUGAUGAGCGCAAAGCGCGGUGCCAUGCUUGGUGCUAGCACUAUGCCUCCGGGGUUUACCGCCACCGUUGGUCGCCUGGACACAUUCUGCCUGCCGAAAAAGAUCACAGGGUCGGCGUAUGACCGGUCGUUGGCACGGGCCAUGAUUGAGGCCUGGAGGCGGGACGGCAUCUUCCAGGUGGCCAUGUCGCCGCAGCAGCAGCGCAUCUAUCAAAACGCCAACGUGGCUAGCAGGCGCUUCUUUCGGCGGACCAGCGCGGAGAAGCACCGUUGUGUCGACGAGAAGAGCUACGCGGGGUACAUUGCCUCUGGAGAGGAGGUAACAGAUGGCGUGGCCGAUUAUUCAGAAAUAUUCACAGUGACCAAGGACCUGGGCGAGAAUGAUCCCAGAGUCGCUGGACAGUGGCCGUGCCAUGGGCCAUGCCCAUGGCCCGACGAGGACAUGAAGUCCAACAUGACGGCAUACACAAAAGACCUCUCACAGAGUGGCGACCAACUGCUGGAGAUGAUUGAGCUGGGACUCCACGUCCCACAAGGAUCUUUAAAGCGGUAUACCGAUGACGGGUGGCAUCACAUGCGAGUACUGCGCUUUCCGCACAAAGAUCGAACCAAUGGCAAGGGGAAAAAGGGCCGCGGCAUUGGAUCUCACACAGAUUAUGGGCUGUUAGUCAUGGCCGCGCAAGACGAAGUUGGUGGCCUCUUCGUUCGGCCGCCACAGCAGGGCGAGCAUUGCGCCAACUGGGAAAAGAGCGCAGCCGGGCUGAAGGAAAACGAUUCAGGCUGGGUGUACGUUCCACCCACCCCGGGGGUCUUCACCGUCUUUCCUGGUGACAUGAUGCAGUACAUGACAAACAGCUUUCUCAAGUCGACCCCGCACAAGGUCGGCCUCAACACCAGGGAGCGCUUCGCGUUUGCCUACUUCCACGAGCCCAACUUUGCGUCCGUCAUCAAGCCGCUGCCCGGGUACGACGGCGGCGUCGACGCGAGCGAGGGCAUACACUACGGCACGCACUUUACCAACAUGUGCCUGCGCAACUACCCGGAGCGAAUCACGACCAAGAAGCUGCUGCGGGAGGACAGGUGCAGCAUGCUCUCGCUGCCUCAGCUGCGGCGGGAGUCGGCCCCGAAGAAUCAGCGCUCUGGUGCAGAGGAGGACGCGGCGCUACGCGGUGCCUACCCGGCACAAAGCAUGGAGUUGCCGAGCGCGUAA